AUGGCGCCUAUUGCUCAAGAACGAGCUCAGAAGACCGGUACUGGGCCGAACAGUGAAGACAUUCAAGACGGGAGAGUAACACGGUCUCAUACCAUGCAAAGCAGCCGUGUACCACAGCCAAACUACAUGGGACCUCCUGUUACCGGCGCAGAAGGAGAUAACGUCCAACGCAAACCUAUAGUGCCCGGUGGGAGAAGCAGACAAGGACGAGGAAGAGGCGGUGCUGCAGCAGGGAGAAAGAAGAUCAACACUGCUGCUAGAAGUGUUGAUGAGAUCACGAAGGGUAUCUCGCAGUAUGGAAUCGAUGCCGAGGAACUGACCGAGCCGCCUUCGAUCCCUGAGAGCGCCCCUAGUCUAAGUUCUCGACCCUUCGGCACUACUACAAGCUCACGGUCGUACACCGCCACCGCGUCCGCAAAGACAUCGCGCAUAAACCUUAUGAACCCUCGCAAGCCUGGUUUUGAGGAGUAUGCCGCAGCUAUCCAUAACAUUGUGAUUGAUGAUACGGAUCACAAAAACGACACGCUUACACCCAUCAACAUACUCGAGCCUUACACGGGUCCAACCUGGCCAUUCUGGCAUUUUGGUACCAGCGUUCCAAGCGAAGGAGAAAAGUUUCCGUACAGCUCUCUUGAAGGGAUCGACGCAGCGGAGAUCUGGCUAUCCUUCUCCAGUGAUUCGACCAGAGCCAUCACCAAAGCCUACCAAGCUAUGAAAUUCAGGAACUUCUGUGAACAGGAGUACGUUUGGUUUGCAAACGAAAAAUUCCUGAAGAGGAAAGAUCCAAGUCUCGAGGCUUCCGAAGAUGGAAAGUGGCGUGCGGAGCGAAUGCUUCAGCUCGUCGCUCCAGCGAAAUCAAGCAAGUGGGUCCCUCCCCCACGCUGUGUCGAAACAGAAGGGCCUCCCGAGUAUAAGUUCGACUCCCGGCCUGAUUGCGCCUACUGGCUGUCGCUCGUGGGUUUCAACGAGGAUUACCGGAGCGAGAUCAGAAGCAUCCUUUACGUGCAUGAAGGCUGGCUUAUAUGCCCUUACUUCACCAUCGAGUUUAAGAAGGAUGGCGAAUCGGACGUGCAAGCCCGAGCCCAGGCGGCCGUAGUAGGGUCCUUGGGCCUAUACAACCGUUUUUUGCUAAGGUCGAAGGCGAUCCGACUCCUGAAGAGGCAUUGGACUGAAGCUGACGAGGCGCACAUGAUGCACUUCGCCUUGACGUUUGUGGGAGCGGAUUUUCAGUUCUGGAUCCUCAAGCCAAAUCCGCUCGGACCGGAGGGAUUGUGGAAUGGGUGUACCAUGAAGCUGUUGUGCGAGUCAGGAUGCACCGCGAGUUCUGGAGUGGAGCGACUGGAGCACUGGAUCAAUGAGAUCCACAGAUGGGGUUUAACGAAACACGCCUCAAGCUGCAAGGACGACGUCAAGCUGCUUCUUCGGGGUAAUGGGAUUCGCACGUCUGAUAUCGGCGUUGAACUACGGUGA